UAAAUAGAGGACAUCGGUGGCUUCUUACUCUCAUCGCAUUCAAUUCCAUCGAAAAACCAAGCAGCUUGCAUAACAUCACUCGAGGAAAAGAGAGGAAAUGGCAGGAAUCAUUCACAAGAUUGAGGAGGCCCUCCACAUUGGAGGCCACAAGGAGGAGGAGCAACACAAGCCGGAGGGCCAUGGCCACGACCAUGACCACCACAAGAAGCCCGAAGAGCACAAGUCGGAAGGCCACGGCCACAAGCCGGAGCACCACGGAGAGGAGCACAAGGGAGAGAAGAUCAAGGACAAGAUCCACGGCGGCAAUCACGGUGACAAGGUGGAGAAGAAGAAGGACAAGAAGAAGAAGAAGCACGAGCACGGCCAUGAGCACGAGCAUGGCCACAGUAGCAGCAGCGACAGCGAUAGCGACUGAGUUACUUGAUGAUCAGUAGCGUAGCAGUGAAGAGCACGUCAACGUUAUUGGGCUCGUCUCCUUCAGUUAAGCCCCAGAGCUGGUGAAAAUAAGUAGACCAAAAAAGAAAAACAUGAAUGUCGUCAAGAUUGUUGUCCUCUUUCUAGUCUUAUUUUUUUAAAAAUGUAUGUUGUGAUAGAUGUAGAUGUGCUCGUGUGACAUCACAAUGUGGUAGUGCCCGAUGUGCCAUUUUCGGACGGCAAUGUGUUGUUCGAUUGGUUUCUUCCAAUGUUGACCAAUUACAUGUGUAGUUUGUUACCAA